GCGGAGGAGGAAGCUGACUUACCUGAAGCGGGAUUUACGUCAUGAAGGGCCACUUUUCCAUCGAGUGGAUGGCGCAGAGCAGCCGGCGGCCGCCCGACGCGACGGCCGGGGUCGCCGGCACCCGCGCCGAGAGCCUGCCGGGGUUCUGCCCGAGGAACGCCGGCCACGGCGGUGGCGCUCAAGCCGGGAGGCCCGAGGUCAAUUCCCGUCGGACCGCGCGCAGGAAACACGGUGCCGAGUGGAACAGCCCAGACGGUUUGGCUUCCGAGGCGGAUUUCAGCAGCGGCGCAGAAGAGGAGACGUCGGGCUACGAGAGCGAGCGCUCGCUCUCGCCGCCGCCGGCCCGCGACGCCGCCGCCGCCUCCCCGGCGGGGAGGCGGCCGCGCACGGCCUUCACGGCGGAGCAGAUCGGCAGCCUGGAGCGAGCCUUCAAGAGGAACGCCUACCUGGGCACGCGGGACAAGGCCGAGCUGUGCGAGAAGCUCCGCCUCUCCGACAAACAGAUCCGAAACUGGUUCCAGAACCGCCGCAUGAAGCUGAAGAGGACGGUGCAGGACGCCCUGGCGCACGCGUGCCAGGCCAGCGCCGCGUCGCACUUUGCGCACUACCCCGCCGAGCUGCGGGCGUACCGACCGGCGCCGUACGCCCGCUAUCGCUCGCCGGCGUUGCCGCCCCGGGACGCAGCCUACGCUCGCCCGCCGCACGACGUCCAGUACGCCUCGGUCGCCUCGCCUCUGGACUCCCUCUUCCAAUAUGGCGCCGCGCCCCCUCCUCCUCUCCCACUGGCGGGCUCCUACCCGGCGUACCCGCCGUACUACUGACGGCCAUUUUGUCUCGUCGGCCUCCCCGGACGGCGGUGCCGUUCCAGGUGUGCAAUAUCCAGCGCGUGUUAGUAAAAGUCGCCACAGCCCUCUUCGAAUGGCAGCUUUUUGUCAUAGGGGGGGACAAAAUUCCACCAUUUAUGUGACCUAUAACCUGUACAACUCAAUUUGUGAAAAAAAAAAAUCUCUCGAGGGGAAGCUGAAAUAACUGCGGUCAUGUGGUGGCACAACAUUUCAUUUCAAUGGAAAGAUAAAUCAAAUGAAGUUGAAAAUCCCAUGUCAGUACAUAGACAUGCAUGUAUUGGUUGGAAUGCAAAAGAAAUGUAUUUGUGUGUACUGACAUGGUGUUGUAUAAAAUGUGCUGUUUAUUCCAAAUGUCAUUUUUCGCUUGACUGUCGUUAAAAUGUAAGGCAACGGGUUUACUGAAAUACAGUGUGCACAAUGUGUGCGUAUUCCUGACAUCAUUGCAAUAAAGUCACUAUGAACAUUUACAA